GCAGGCUGGGGUGUACCAGAAGUGUUUCUCGGGACAGAGAACUUUGGGUGGUUCCGUUGAACAGUAGGUUAUCUGAGAGACCUUUUACUUUCCAGUUUUUUUCCCCAGGAGAGUCUACUCUCUCUCUUUCAGUGCUCUGUGUCACUAUGCCUGAGCUCUGUGAUUAGGAUUGUAAAGGACAGGAGAGUCUACUCUCUCUCUCUCAGUGCUCUGUGUCACUAUGCCUGAGCUCUGUGAUUAGGAUUGUAAAGGACAGUACCAUUGGGUUGUGCAGGGAGUGUCAAACUGUGAGUCUAAGGGUUUUUCCUUACUGUGACUGUGGGCUGGAUGGCUGAGCUGGUGAGAGUGAGGAAGAAACACCUCCAGAUGCCUAUCUCCAGGCUGAGGUGUAUGAUCAAACAACUGGAGGAGAAAGAAGUGGACUUUGAAGAUCUGAAGAAGAACUUGGACUACACAGCAUCCUUACUGGAGGCAGUUUACAUUGAUGGAACCAGACCGGGUCUGGAUGCAGAGGAUGACCUCCAGAAGCUGCACUCUGAUGGUGUGCCCACGGAGGUUACUGAUUGGCUGGCUUCAACCUUCACUCAGAGGGCCCGCCGCCCUGCCCGCCGCUCCGACGACAAACCAAAGUUCCGCAGCAUCGUCCAUGCAGUGCAGGCUGGGAUAUUCGUUGAGAGGAUGUUCAGAAGGGCCUACACUGCUGCCAUGCCGGACCAACCUGCAGCAGUCGUCAACUGUCUCAGGGACAUUGACCGGUGGAACUUUGAUGUGUUUGCUCUGAACACUGUCUGCCAUGACCACGCACUACAGACCCUGUUCUUGGAGCUGGUCACACGAUACGAACUCAACAGCAGAUUCAAGAUCCCCAUCUCCUGUCUGAUGUCCUUCUUGGAGAAGCUGGAGAAAGGCUACAGUAAACACAGCAACCCGUACCACAGCAGUGUCCACGCAGCCGACGUCACACAAACCCUACACUGUCUGCUCCUCCGUACAGGACUAGUGCACUGGUUGACUGAACUGGAGGUUCUGGCGUCCCUGUUUGCUGCGGCCAUCCAUGACUACGAACACACUGGAACUACCAACAAUUUCCACAUUCACACAAAGUCAGACUUUGCUCUGAUCUACAACGACCGAUCAGUCCAGGAGAGCCACCACAUCAGUGCUGCGUUCCGUCUUCUCCAAGACGACCAGGCCAACAUCUUCACGAACCUCUCCAGGGAAGAGUGGAUGGAGCUGCGAGCGCUGGUGAUAGAGAUGGUGUUGGCUACAGACAUGUCGUCUCACCUCGUCCAGGUCAAAGCCAUUAAGGGGUGUCUGCAGCAGCAGGAAGGCGUAGACAAACCCAAAGCGCUGUCCCUACUACUGCACACUGCAGACAUCAGCCACCCCUCCAAGCCCUGGGGUCUACACUCUCGCUGGACCAAAGCCCUCAUGGACGAGUUCUUCAGACAGGUUUCAUAGACUUCAUAGUGGACCCUACAUUCUCCCUACUGACUGACAUGGCUGAGAAGAUAGUCAUUCCCCUGGUGGAAGACAACCCAGGCCCACCAGACCCCUGCAAUCGGCAUAGUAAUCUGUGGAAGGAGAGUUCCAGAGGACUACAGUGGAGCCUGGCUCACAUCACCUCAGAACUGGUCACCUUCAGAUCCACCUGGACACGACACACAGAGGACAACAAGUUCAAAUGGAAGGAGAGCGGCUCCAAUGGAAUGUUGGAGCAGAACGUGACGAAGGAGCCGCCGACUGGUGAAGACGAACUGUUCUAACGCUGUAACGAUGCUCAACAGUAGAGAGGCCCUCUCAUGUAUUACGACGCCUAUGGAAACCAUAUGGAAACCAUAGUCAUUUAAUGAGGAUUGAAAUAAACAUGCUGGUCAUGUUAUUUGCUAAUUACCAAAUAUGUUUUUACCCAAACACAUUGUUUAACCAGUUAGGAAAACAUUGAUGGAGAAACGGAACAAAGAACAUGUGUGUAGCAUGGGUAGCAUGGGUAACAUGGGUAACAUGGGUGGCAGGGGUAACAUGGAUAACAUGGGUAGAAGGGGUAACAUGGGUAACAUGGGUAACAUGGGUA